AUGGAACAGCCCCAGAAGAGCAGCCCGGGGCCAAGCAAGCAGACGCCGAAGAAGACUCCGGCGAAAAAGCAGCAAAAAUCGACCCCAAACACCGCUGCAGCCAACGAUGGCGAAAAUUCGAAAGCCGCUGCUAGCCCUACCCUUGGACCGCCAGGACAAGGAGAUGAAGAGGAUGAGGGGGAGGAGAGAAUGGAUCUCAAAGUGAUUCAGAGCUUUGCCGACAAAAUCCAACACAUACCUUUAGCAGAGGGAGAUGUGACGUCUCGCCCGCUCAUCACCAUCCCGAAACGGGGCGAGAAGGACUUUGAGCCCCUCGCCGAGACUGUCAACCUGCAAGAAAUGAUGCUGGACAAAAGCCGGCAGGCGUUGUUUACUGCUCUGCAGGGUGUUCGAGGCGGACACAGCAAUUCCAUGUCGCAUGCUCUCUUGACACCUGCCAGUCCCUAUCCUCGUGUACUCAUUGUCCAUGGGCACCUGUUUGACGCUAUGGGCAUCACCGUUCGCCACCCCCCAUCUCCGCCAUUCAACAAACCCAGGACUGUCCUUGAGCUCUUGCCCGAGGAGGCCCUCUAUCUUCUCGAACGAGGCACCUUGCAAAUUUGGCUUGGGAAUGAACCCGAGACUGAAGAGGAAGUGGAGGAAGGAGUCGGAGAAUGGUGCGAAGAAGAGUACGGAAUCAAGGGAGCGGUGGAAAUGAGUGUGAUGGAAGGCUUUGGGGCAUUCAUCGGCCGAGAAGGGUUGACUCUGGAGAGGUAUCAGGCGUAUGCCUACCUCAAGCGACUCGGAUACAACGUCCAGCGCUCGAGGAGGUUCAUACCAGAAUAUUUCCUUGCCAGUACAGGGGUCAAGCUCGACGAGCAAGAUUCAAGACUGCCGCCGUUCCACACUUGGUGGUUGAAUAUUCCAAAAUGGUUUGUGGGUUUGAUACACGCUCUGGGUAGGGGUCUGCGGAGAGUCGCUGGUAGCGUGGCUAGCGUUGGGCUGGGUUUGGGAUUAUCGAGUAGACCCUUCAAAGGUACCUUGCUGGAAAGCUGGAAGGGAACUACAUAUCCUUCCAUCUUCCAACACCUCCGCUUCAUCCCUGCCGGCCACUCGCAGCCUUUACCUCCCCGCCCCCUCCCUCCCGUCGAAACAUCCAUCUAUUCUCCACUGGAAGUCAACCCCUAUAUUCCGUUUUGGCAUAUCUGGAAGCCGAUGACACCUUGGUCAAAGAAGAGCUGGGAGAAGGGAAGCGAUGAGGGCUUGAAAGCGCAGAGGCCCGACUACUUUGCUGCUGUCAUAAGGUCGCGAGACACGCCAUUGCCAACCAUCCAUCAGCUGGAACAGAUCUUUGAAUCUCUGCCUGACGAGCCGAAAGGUCCAGUCAAGAGAACUGGUCCGCAAUAUCAACGCCUGCCUCGUCCACAGUUCAACAAGCAGCCUGGGCAAGAACCCAAGCUGGUUUCACGCUGGCAGAGUCUUUUCCAGAGACUGGGCUUGGCUCAACCAAAGACAGACACCAAGCCUCCCUUCAUCAACAUUGGAGCGCUGAGAAACGGUGAUAGGGGCUUCAUCGUAGGCGUGAAUGAUUCAGGGAAUAAUGCGUGGAUUAGAUUUGGGCGUACAGGGUUCGAAGAAAUGCCUGCCAUCUAG